AUGACGCCCGGCAGCAGCAGCCAUCACCCUAGUGCCCCCCGGUAUGAGACGCCGCAUUCGAACCGCCAGGGGACACCAAGCGCCUCUCCCGUCGGCGCAAGCCAGUUUAGGAAUCCAAACUCUCGGAGGACGACUCUACCGUCAGCUCCUACAGGGCCCGUCAGCACCAACAACGAUGGUCCUCGGAGGGCUAGUGGGAAGCCAUCGUCUGCUUCAACAAGCCCCGCCGCGGGCAAGUCUAAGCGGGUGCGCACAGGCUGCUUGACCUGUCGGGAGCGCCAUCUCAAGUGUGACGAGGGCGUCCCGGAGUGUAACAACUGCCGGAAGAGCAAUCGGGAAUGCAGGCGUGGGAUACGACUCAACUUUAUUGACAUCCAGGUCAAGGACCCGCCAUAUUUAUCUCCCUCGGCGGAAUGGUCGGUUCAAAUAUUGGAUGAGUCGCGGUCCAUCGCGUCCGAAUAUAAAGGGGGACUAGGACGAUAUGCGUCGGCAAUACCCUCGCCACCACCUGCCGAUUCGGACGUACCGGGUGGAAGAAGGGUCGAACGACCCGGGUUCUCUGAGCCCGCGGAAUACCGUUUUCCGGAGAACGGUCACCAUGGAGACGGCCCAGCCACUCGAGACCCGUAUCACCCCCAUGAUGUCGGCCAGCCACCCCCGCCUCAUGAACAGCCGAACUAUCACGCCGGCCCGGAAACCCAUGUGUGUCUCGGCCGUACGCCCCCGACGGCCCGACCAGCUCAAAUGUCACAACCGAGCCGUGCUGCGCAUGUGCGCGAUUCAUCCACUUAUUCUACGCUUCAUGCCCCUGACACGGCUAAUGAGCACGGCCCCCAUGUAUCCCAUGUUCCCCAUAUGAGGGAUCGGGGCGUCUUGUUCACCCCAUCACGAUUAACUCCCCAACCUACCGAGCCACCAUCGUAUAGCUCCCGUCCCGUUACGCACACCAUUCAAAGCCAGCCGCUUUCUACGCCUACUGGACUCAUGACCCCAUCAAGCGAGAACACUUCUUGUGAACGAGACUAUCUCAGCACAGAGGAAGAGAUUCGCUUCUUGCAGGUCUUUAUCGACGACGUGUCAACCUGGAUGGACGCGAUGGGGAAAGUUAGACACUUUGCCAACAUAGUGCCAUAUCUAGCUUUAAGAUUGCCCAUGUUGCUUAACGCUCUUCUGGCCUGCGGAGCCCGACAGCUUACCUUGAUCGGCCAACACGACGGCGAGAGGGCGGAUUAUUAUUACCACCUGGCCACCACCCAGCUCUCGCGUAUCCAGCAAGAACGGGGCUCUGACCUAAGUGACUGCGCUCUUACGGCGGUUGUACUCGACGCAUACCACAUCAUGGAGGACAACCUUACCCAACGUAUGGGCCAUAUUGCGUCAACCCGCGCUCGCAUUCGGGACUGCGGUUGGGAUGCAUCCUCAACCGGUCUCGGCGCUGCAUGUUUCUGGGUCAAUAUUGGCAUGGACGUCCUCAGUUGUCUUGCCUUUGGCUGGCCGAUAGCGUGGGAUCCAGACCAAUGGGGAAUGGAUCAGGAGUUUAUGACUGCUGGAAGCGUCAGUCGAAGCGGCAGCCGCAGUAUUGCUGGAAGUGAGGACUUAUGGCUUAGCCCCAUUCACGCUGAUCCCCAAUCCGAGCACCACCAGUCUGCGACCCACGACAACCCCGACCACAACGAUGAGGAGGUUUGGCUGCGCCGCAUUUUUCACAUCAUGGCCAAGGUCGUCAACUUCCGCGUCCACACGCCACAGUUUCAAGAACCGUCGCCGCAUGAGGAACAAGUGCGCUUGCAAAACCGUCUCUCCGAGUGGCGGCGGUUGCAGAAUAUGUGCAAUGCCUGGAACCUCAAUUGCCCGCGGUCGAUGCGGCCGUUCGGAUACUCCUCGGGACCGUCACCGAGAUCUCUCUUUCCAAACGUUUGGCUCAUAAAACCCUCUUCCAAACUCGCCCGCCUCUUCUACCACACGGCUAUGUGUCUCCUCGCCCAGACCAACCCACUCGAUCCUCGUGACAGCCGUGAGAACCGCGCCUCACAGUUACACCAUGCCCAUCACGUUUGCGGUAUUGUCGCGCACGCCACCGCAGUUUCUACUACCAAUACAAAAGCGACUCUCAGAAUCAAUGGCAACGGCGUCCACCGUCCUGACCAUGUCAGAGACUCCAGACCAGCGCCGAGAUCUGUAUCCAACAACAACAAGUCUGACCGAGCGGUUAUCUCCGUUGCUGUUCGCACACUUGCUGCGGUCAGUGAUGCCUUGGUUGACCGGGCUGAGCAGGACGAGGUGUUGGAUGUGCUAGACCGGAUUACGGGGGAGACGGGGUGGCGGCUUGGGAGGGUGAUGGAGGAGAUUAAGGGGGGUUGGGGGAGGGUGGAUUAG